AUGGCCGCGUUGAAUAAGGAUAACACCUCCCGACAAUUCAUUACCUUGUUUCUGCUUACAUGGAUCUUCGGACUCAUUAACUAUAUCGUGUUUGCAACAAUCUCAUUCUUCUUCAUAUUCGACAGAUCAACGCUAGCACAUCCAAAGGUGAUGGAAAACCAGGUAUGGCGGGAGAUCAAGCAUGCUACAGAAGCCAUGCCGUUGAUGGCUCUAUUGACGGCUGUGUUUUUUCUUCUCGAUGUCCGUGGCUACUGCAAAAUGUACGAAACUACGGCUCAAGGUCCUGGGCUUUGGUAUGACAUCCUUCAGAUACCCCUAUUCAUUCUGUUCACGGAUUUCGGAAUCUAUUGGAUUCACCGAACCCUGCAUCACCCUCUUCUAUACAAAAGACUACAUAAGCCGCAUCACAAAUGGAUUGUCCCAACCCCAUACGCCAGUUACGCCUUCCAUCCACUCGACGGAUUUUCUCAGUCAAUGCCCUACCAUCUGUACCCACUGCUGUUCCCCUUGAAUAAGUUUAUCUUCUUAGGCAUGUUUAUUUCUGUCAACAUAUGGACUGUCUCUAUCCACGAUGGUAACUUCUUGGCCAACAACCCGCUGAUCAAUGGCUCUGCGUGCCAUGCGGCACAUCAUUUAUACUUCAACUAUAACUAUGGCCAGUUUCUGACAAUAUGGGACCGCAUUGGUGGAAGCUUCCGACGACCAGAUCCUGAAUGGUUUAAUAAGCGGCAAGAACCCAAAGAGCGUGGAAUGCGAGGCGGGAAAGUCGAAGUUUCUAAGUUAGAUUAA